AAAAAAAUUAAAAAAAAAAAAAUAGCAAGAUGGCGGCUUCGUGAAUGUUUGUUGUGUUGUGUUCCGAAAAACCUCCGGUGUAGUCCUUGUGCUCGCUUUAUACGCCCACAUUCUUUAACUUGUUGCAACAGACGGUCGACCGUACGAUCUCGCGUCGCGUCCAACGCCGACCGAUUCGCGUUGCUGGAUUUCAGACGACCGCCUUCCCCAGUCUAGCGCCCAUGCACCGCUCCAAGCUUGCCAUCUUCUGUCCUUUCACGCGGGCUGUCUCCUUUGUAGGUGAUCCCGGAGUUAGGAGUAUGCCCGGCGCUCUGCUGCGGACAGCUAGUUAAUAACUUGGCGGCCCCACAAAAGACGGUACGUUGUGUUUGUCGGACUCGUUCUCACGUUCCUCUCGUGCCGUCCCCGUCUCAAAUCGGCGAUCAUCCCGGGGCUUUUGCAUGUGUCCCUCGAUUGACGUCGGUUCCGGGGGCUCUCGAUCAAGGUACGCAGGCAGCCUGCCUUCGGAGAUUGCUUUUGGGCUCUGUCGUGCACCACGAUAGCGACGGUAUCUUCUAGUCCCGCAACUGCACUCGAUCUUGUCGGCGCCAGGGCAACAACAGUCGUACAGGGCCGAUCUGCGGACCCCUGAGCUACUCCGAUCGGCUGCGUUUGUUUUAGUGCGCCUGAAAACGUCCGAAUGUACGAGGCAAGCAGCACUGUUCUUUUUCGUGUCGGCAUCCUGUCCUUGGUUCUCGUUUUUUCCUCGCAAUUCUCGGUAGGAAUGUUGACUCUCCGUCCGCACGCCGUUCCAUUUCGCGCCCUGUAAAAGACCGAGCGGUGCAGUUACAUCUGUCAGGCUGACGUCUCGAUCCCGGCACUACCGGAUCUAAAGCGGUGUACUAAGCCAAGUGGAUUGCCCAAUUCAUUUUGGGCACGAAUGGCGAUCACUGAUGCUCCCUGUGGGGAAUCGUCCCUUUUUCGGGGGAUGGAGGAGGCGGGCGGCCGCCGCAGCUGGGUCCAGCUGCGUCAGGCGGUGCGCCAGGCACGCUGCCGCCUGUACGGCCUGGCACCCCGCCUUCCCACAAGCCUUUCUUUCGGCCGGGGGCGCCUCUACUUCCUCAGUCCGCUAGCCGGAGGACGCGAGAGCAGUCUGCACUACGUUGACCUGCCCUCCCCGACUGCGGGAGCGGAGGAAGCCCCGCUGCUCGCCUGGAAGCCCCUGCUGGAGCCCAAAUUCCACGUGGUGCAUCCGCCGGGCCGGCUGUCACGGGAGGAGCAGCUGCAGUGGGAGCGGCGCCGCCUCAUGGUCUGGGGCAUCACUGCCUUCGACCAGCAGGACGGGCGUUUCGUCUUCCCCGCCGGCGGGUCCCUCUUCUACUGCGACGACGCACCCGACAAGCCCCCGCCCUACUUCCCGGUAGAGCUCGGCUCGGGCCUGUCGUGUGCCCGGCUCAACUCGCAGCUGUGUCCCUGCAACCGGGACCUGGUGGCCUUCGUGGCCAGUGGCGACCUCUGGGUGCACCACAUUGCCUCGGGCUGCGAGGCCAGGCUCACCUACUGCCGCAAAGAUGGGGCGAGCGUGUCGGAGAGUCCAGUGAGCGUGGGCAUUCCUUCCUACGUCACUCAGGAGGAGUUCAAUCGCUACAUGGGCUUCUGGUGGUGCCCUGUGAGCAACAGAGGGGGCAGCACCUACCAGAUACUUUACGAGCAAGUGGAUGAGAGCGAGGUGGAAGUGGUGCACCUGCCUUCCUUCGGGGACGACGGCAGCAUGGAGGAGUACCGUUUUCCCCGGGCCGGAACGCUCAAUGCUCGGUCAACCCUGCGGCUGGCGCAGUUCUCCCUGGAUGGCACCGGACAGAUUGGGGGCAUCCAGCUGCUUUCACUGGUGGAGCCCCUGUCUUCGGCGUGCACCGCUUCCGAGUACCUGCUGCGGGCCGGAUGGACUCCCGACGGCUCUUGUGGCUGGGCACAAAUGCUGGACCGCCGCCAGCAGCACCUGCAGCUCCUGCUGCUUCCCGUGGGCUGCUUCCAGCCCGAGGGAGAGAACCCCGGCUCUGCGGACAUCGGCCCGCAAGUCCUCUGGGAGGAGACCUCGCACGUCUGGAUUAACGUACACGAUGUGCUGCACUUCUUGAGGAGCGAGCAGCCCCAGACGGUCCGCCUGCUCUGGGCAAGCGAGGAGUCCGGCUUCCGCCACCUGUACCUGCUCUGCCUGCACCUUCGGGGCGAGUCGAGGUCCGACCGAGUGAUUUCGAAAGUCCAGCUCACAGGCGGCGACUGGGAGGUCUCUGAAAAAGAUGUUUGGGUCGACGAAGUGAGGCGCCUGGUCUACUUUAUCGGGCUCAAAGACACACCGCUCGAACGCCACCUGUAUGUUGUCAGCAUGGAUCGUCCACUGCAAGUCACACGACUAACAACGACUGGUUAUUCGCACACAAUCUACAUGAACAAGGACCUGUCCAUGUUUGUGACAGUGCAGAGUAGCCUGAGCCAGCCACCUUCAAGCGGACUCUACGAGCUCAGGUACUCCGAAGAGGCUGGUCUUGCACCUUCCCCGCACCUGGUGGCUGUGCUUCUGGAACCCCCGCGGGUGGAGCCCGGUCAGCAGGAGCCCGAGCUGUUCAGCCACGUCCUGUCGUCUGGCCACACCGUGUACGGCAUGCUGUUCAAGCCGCCUCAGCUGGAAGCCGGCCGCAAGUACCCCACCGUGCUGACCAUCUAUGGCGGGCCUGAGGUCCAGCUGGUCACCAACUCGUUCAAGGGCAUGCGGCAUUUACGACAGCACCUCCUAGCGUCCGAAAACUAUGUGGUGGUGGUGGUGGACUGCAGAGGAUCCAGGCAUCGUGGGGUGGAGUUUGAGAGCUACAUCAAAGGGAGGAUGGGCACCGUGGAGAUUGCCGACCAGGUGGAGGUGCUCCAGUGGUUGGCCGAGUCGACGGGAUACAUCGACCUGGAACGGAUUGGCAUCCAUGGCUGGUCGUACGGAGGCUACCUGUCCCUAAUGGGGCUGGCUCAAAGGCCAGACAUCUUCCGGGUGGCUGUGGCUGGGGCCCCUGUCACAUCGUGGAGCCUUUACGACACGGGCUACACGGAACGCUACAUGGACACCCCCGCCCACAAUGCCGCGGGGUACAUCAGGGGAUCCGUGCUCUCCUACGUCAACCAGUUCCCCACCGAGCAGAACAGGUUGCUCAUAGUCCACGGCCUGAUGGAUGAGAAUGUGCACUUCACCCACACAAGCCAGCUAGUCAGUGCUCUGGUGAAGGCAGGCAAGCCAUACCAGCUGCAGGUGUACCCCGCCGAGCGACACAGCCUGCGCCACCUGGACACGAGCGAGCACUACGAGACCACGCUACUCAGCUUCCUGCAAGACCACCUGUGAGCGGGUCACACCCGUCGUUGCGGAGGCCCCUGGGGCCGUCCCUCGCCCCGCCGUCCCCGGCCUCGACGCGCGGGGGUGUAUGCGUGGUGGUCGGGCUGGCCUCCCGUUGAAACGGGUGUCGUGUCUCGGACGCGGGGCGUCACCCCUCCGGCUCUCGAAGCGUCCCCCCGCUUCUCUCGACGACAAACUUGCCCGUGCGCCCGCCAAAAAGCCGUCGGAAUGCCGCCCCCGACCCCCACAGACCGGAACGGUGCCGCACGCACGUCCCGCUAGUCACUGAGCGGCACUACACCGUUUCUGGAACUCUCUGGAGAAAAAAAAGAAUUGCGUAGUUUUCGUUUCUUGACUCGGGAAGUGUAUAGGAAGUAUGGAUCCAGCUAGACACUCUAUCCGGGAUGCUGUGCUGUGAAAAGCGAACGAAAUGUUCUUGUAGCAUCCUUCGAAGCUUCCACUAAAAGUGCCCAGGCCAUGGAGCGUGCCGAGAGUCGCCGACAAUUCUGACGCGACGACGCAAUGUCCUCGAGACCAGACGCCCGGCAUGCUUGCUUGGCAGAAUAUCGCUUUGCAUGUUCGGUGGCAUUACUACGGCUAUCUCGGCUGGUUUUGUAACUGGUCGGUGGAAUUAAAAGUGGCUUUCUUUAGGGGAUACGAUCCUCUAGAAUGUUGCCUCGAUUGGCCUCUCGGAGUGUUGGUGUGGGUGGUGUGUCGGCAGUUUAUUCUUUUCGGUAUCUGGAAAUUAGUACAGACUUCAUCAAUCCAGAAAUUGGGUUCGGAUGCGAGAUACUACUUCUGGCUGUGUGGUCUGCUUCGGCAGCUUUUCUUUCACGAUGACUGUGAUUCAGAUCGGAGGCAUUUGGUCACCUGUAUGUAUGUUCUGCAAAAUAUAUAUGAGUGUAUGAACAAGAAAUACAAACAAUGCUUUAGUA